GUUGGGCGACAGGCGCGGCGGCGAUCUCGUCGUCGCGAGGGCGGCCGCGGCGGAGAACAAGCGCCAGCGCAGAGAGAUUGUUCAGCAGGUGUUUCGAGAGCAGUGUCAGGUGCCACCCCUCGUGAUCGCCCAGAGCUUCUCGGGAAGCUCGUUCCUUUUGGCGCCGCCGUUCAUCGACCACGUCGGGGGCUUCCUUGCACGUUGCAGACAGCGGGGCAAUUGGGGAGUGGAUAUUGAUGAAAACGUUCGCGCUGUCUCUGAUAAUAUUUUCGAUAAGCUGGACUUUGGCUUCGCAUUUGUAACUUCGAGGGCCAAGUCGCACGCGCUCAACGUGGAUAGACGUUUUCUCGAUUAUACGAGCAAGACGCUGUGCGCUGUGACUUGGCAUCUGGAUCGGUUCCGCCGCCGCUUGAUCGGACAGGCAGCUGUAGCCAACACAUCAAUCAGAGCCCUGCAGUUCGUGGACAGUAUUGGGUAUGACGAAACUCCGUUAAAACUCAAGAAUGCCUCACCGACCACCGACAGAGGCGUUAAGUCUGAUGGUAGGCCUCUGCCGAAAAAGGUAUUGGACAUGUUACCAGUAAACAGAAAGGCGAUUCCCACCAAGGUGUUCCAGACGCAGCAGAGAUUCGGCAUGUUGUUCGCGCGUGGCCCUCCGGACGCUGUGCAAUCUUACACCAUAGUCAUUGGUCGGACAAUGGCCCAGAUCCAGCCCCUAUGGCGGAACACCCCAGGCAGCAUCAUGGCUGCCCUGAGAGAUACGUGCGCCAUGUCGCUCACCGAAUGCAAGUUUGCUGAGUUUAGCCGCGUCGCCGCCGUGGAUCGACACCCGAGCAAUCUGUGCGUCGAGCGCCGCAUCAAUCGGAGAACACAGAGACGUUUUGGUAGUUGGAAGUCUCUCCUUUUCAAAUGUGAACAGCACAUGUUGCAGAGUGCGCGGGUAUUGGAAACGUGGGAGUUCUCCCAUGCCAUCACGGGCAUGAUCAACUUGGCGUUGUCGCUGGGCCACCAGAAGAAUUUAGCGACAUUCAGACAAUGCAUGUACGAAAUCCUGAUGCACCGUUGCAAGGUAAUCGACACGCCUCCCAGCCCAGGGGCAGUGCUGAGGAAAAGAUUGAUUUUGUCGUGGUUCGUACCUAAGAAACCUGGCACUGAAAUAAUUGUGCGGGGUCUGCUUGACUUGUUCGCGUCGGGGGAUUGGAACAGCAAUAGAUUGAAGAUCUACGUUCCACCUGGCACUGAUUAUGACGAGCAGUCGUUGUUCAGUACAGUUUCGAGUGGCAUUGCGAAGGCCCUCGUAUUCAGAAAUUUCACGUUGUACCAGCGGAGGAAAUGGAUGGGCGCAGACGAGGCGUGCUCCGAGUUCGCGUUGCCCCUUCUGUUAGGGAACGUGCUGAUUGAGGCGUUCAAGGUUUUCUGCGAUCGCCUCAAUGGCCUGCCUUAUCGACCUGCUGCGCACCAUCCAGGUGGCGAUGCUCCAGCGGCUGCCGCGCUCGGCGCCUUGCUCGACGCUGGAGCCCUCCCCGGCGAGGAGGCGAUGGAGGCCCGGCGAGACGAUGCAGUCAUCGACCCGAAGGGGCUGGCCCCCAUUGCCGCAGCAGCGGCCGAGGUCGCGAGGAAGCGCAGAGUAGCGUUGGAUUGGCUGACAGGCAGGUCCAGAAAUUCGCCAUGUGCCCAGAUCGUGGUGCUCAAGAUGAGAUUGUCGAUCUUGCAGACAAUGCAGGUGGAGGAGCUCUACAUCGGGUCCAAGAAGUGGGAGCGGCUCCAGGAGGCGCAAGCUGCGCGGCUGGCAAGGCAACCCAAUACGGGCAAACUGCUUCGCACAUACGCAGUGUUGGCGCACGCGGAAGACGAGGCCAACAUGAAGCUCUUGGUGCACGCCAUCCUCAUUUCAACGAACACUGAUCACCUCGAGGUCUCGAACGCACAGAUUCGCAGGACGGCGUCACCAGUUUCUGUGGAUUCUGGGACAGGCACCGAGGGCACCGACGAGCACAACCCUGGCGGUCCAAGUUAUGGUGGUGGCGGCGCAUGGCGUGCUUUCGUGAGGAAGCAGAGGUCGAAUGAUCUGGCAGAGGUUGGUCGCCUGUAUCAGGCCCUCAAGGACACCGUCGGUUCUGAGGUGCUGGAGCAGUGUACCGCGGAGGGCAAGGCGGCCACAGAGAGGCGGCGAAGGGGGGAACCAACGUUCGGCAUCAAGCGCAGCAAGGUCGAUCGCUUGCAAGAGCAACGGUACUUGGUGGCCAGGCUGUCGACGGACGAUCCUGGUAGUGCAGUCGACAAGUUGAUUGGCGACGCGCAGACGUAUUCCUACGAUAUCGCCGAGACGAUGCGGCUGACCAAUAGAUUGCGCAAUAGUCGUAAUGCAAGGCGACGCGAUGAGGAAGCGAAGGACUCCAGGGACAUUGCCGCCUUCGAGGCAGAUGCGGCCGAAGCUCGGCGGGGCGAGCUCGCCAGUCAGAUGCCCGAGACUGCCCCCCUUGUUUCAGGAAUGAGAGUGGUCCCUGGCCCCAUCCACGGCAUGAGGGUGAUGGAAGUCGGAAGUAGGUCGGCUGCGGCAGACGCCACGGACUUGGUUCAGCACGCGAAGAAUAUGAAGAGCCAUCAGAUGAAUUUCAUGUCAUCCUUGAGUAAUCAUUGGAACUUCCUUCGCAGGAAGAUGCGCGGCGAUGCCGAGGAUGCAGCCAAGUCGAGCGACGAGGAGGAGGAGCAUCGCCAUGGUCGCUGCUUGGGCCUGGGCGUCUGCAUAUGCUCGGAGGCUGGGGCGCAUCUUAGACGUUUUCGGAACUCCGUGCUGCUCGCCAUGAAGGCCAUGUGCCCGAGGAGCGGGUGCAACAGCAGGAAGCUGCUCAAAGACGGUCACAUCGUCCUUCGAUUCGAGCCGUCGCUUGCUGACGGUGCAGAUUAUGCUUUGGCUGACUUCUGGGGUCUCGGCACGGACGUCCGCUAUUGGCACGUCAGCAGCCAAUCCUUGGCGCCAUUUAUGCCGCGCGUGCAGGAGAUGAUCGUGGCCAGUGAUGAGGAGGAAUUGGCGCCAACCGAAUGGGAGAUGAGAUUGCACUCGAGGUGGGUUCGAUUCGAGCCGUCGCUUGCUGACGGUGCAGAUUAUGCUUUGGCUGACUUCUGGGGUCUCGGCACGGACGUCCGCUAUUGGCACGUCAGCAGCCAAUCCUUGGCGCCAUUUAUGCCGCGCGUGCAGGAGAUGAUCGUGGCAGUGACUGAUUGGUGCAACCUGUAUGUGAUGGCUGAGCGGUUUUCGCUCAACCUGAACUGGCGCAUGUCCUUGUUGGAGCUCGCCACGCACGGGCGUUCAUGCCCUCGUUUCCAGCCCGCGGUGCCUCUCUUCAAAGAGUUUGACCCGCCCCCGUGGCUGGAGGGCUCGGACGUCGGCUCCGAUGACGGCAUGGGCGGCGGAGACGACGUGCGCGUCGGUGCACACUUCGACGAGCGCGACGAGGCCGAGGGGUCAGACGUCGGCUCCGACGGCGCGGGCUCGGGCGUGAAUGAUUCAAGCUCGGACGGAUCUUGGGAACAGCACGGCUCCGACGAGGAGCUCGGUCUUUAA